ACUAUUAUAAAUAGGGUACCUCUCACUCAACACAGUGAGAACAAACUCAUAGCCAUCCAGAAACACGAGUGAGUGAGAUUGAGAGAGAUGGAAGUUGUUGAUCAAGUGCCCCUCAUGAAUGGAGGAACGGGAGACACAAGCUACGCAAGUAACUCCCUAUGUCAGAAAAAAGGGAUAUCUAUGACCAAGCCUAUCACAGAUGAUGCUAUAACCAAUCUCUAUUCCAGCAUCUCGCCAAAGAGUCUAGUCAUCGCAGACUUGGGUUGUUCUUCUGUACCAAACUCUUUGUUUGUGAUUUCUGAACUUAUCAAGGUCGUGGAUGAGCUUCGACAAAAGCUAGGACAUCCAUCACUUGAAUAUCAAGUACUCUUGAACGACCUUCCUGGGAAUGAUUUUAAUACCAUUUUCAAGUCAUUGCCAAGCUUCCAGAAAAAAAUGAGUAAUCAACUGGGUGUUGGAGUUUGUCCUAUUUUUAUUUCAGGAGUACCCGGUUCUUUCUAUGGCAGACUUUUCCCGAGCAAGAGUCUGCAUUUUGCCCAUUCUUCUUAUAGCCUCCACUGGUUAUCUCAGGUUCCUGAGCAAUUGGAGAAUAACGAAGGGAACAUUUGCGUGGCAUGUACAAGCCCGCCAAUUGUACUUAGGGCCUACCACGCGCAAUUUCAAAAAGAUUUUUCAAUGUUUUUAAGGUGUCGCGCAGAGGAAUUGGUGGUUGGAGGGCGAAUGGUCUUAUCGUUUCUGGGCAGAAGAAGUGAAGAUCCCUCCAGCAAAGAGUGUUGUUAUAUUUGGGAACUUUUGGCUUUGGCACUCAAUGACUUGGUCUCCAAAGGACUCAUUGAAGAAGAAACAAUGAAUUCCUUCAAUAUUCCUCAAUACUCACCAUCCCUAUCAGAAGUGAAAUCUGAAGUUUUAAAAGAAGGAUCUUUCUCCAUUGAUCAUCUUGAGACUUUUGAAGUGAAUUGGAUUGCACGUGAUAGCAAACUCAUGAUGAACUCGCCCGAUGCGUUUUUUGAUGAUGGAUACAAUGUUGCAAAGUGCAUUAGAGCUACCGUUGAGCCUUUGCUUAUUAGUCAUUUUGGAGAUGCAAUUAUUGAGGAGGUUUUCUGCAGAUACAGAGAAAUUCUUUCUAAUUGCCUUUCUAAAGAGACCAAUAACUUUAUCAGUAUCAUCAUUUCUGUAACAAAAAACGGAUGAUCAUGAUCGAUCAAGAUAUUGAUCCAUGAAUUUCUUGUAUUGAAUGUAAGACAGAUCAUAAUCAGUACUUUGAAAUAAGAGCCUAUGUUCUUAG